AUGGACGGGGUUGAUCUUACAAAGGCUGUUCUCAACAAGGGCAAGCAAAUGGCGACUAGUGUUGCUGCGUCCGCUACCAAUGGCAAUGGCGGUAAGAAGAGAAGAAAAGGCACGGAUCUGAAACCGAUCGUUACCAACGACCCUACGGCCCCGGUGGUUGAUCCUGCGACCGCGAAGACUGAGUCCUGGCUGGCAGCUAACCAUUUUCUUCCCUCCACCAGGGUUCCGCCGUCGCGAUCCGGCUCCUCUUCCUCCGGAGAAGAACUUGAAACUACUGCCGAAGAAGAAGAUUCGGAGGAUUACUGUAAGGGUGGCUAUCAUCCCGUCACGAUCGGGGAAACUUACAACAAUGGUCGCUAUGUCGUCGUGCGCAAGCUGGGGUGGGGUCACUUUUCGACCGUCUGGUUGUCCCGCGAUACAACCACAGGAAAACACGUCGCUCUCAAAGUCGUCCGUUCUGCCGCCCACUACACCGAAACCGCCAUCGACGAGAUUAAAUUAUUAAAUCGCAUUGUUCAGGCCAACCCAUCGCAUCCGGGAAGGAAGCAUGUCGUCAGUCUGCUCGACUCAUUCGAACACAAGGGACCUCAUGGCGUCCACGUCUGCAUGGUUUUUGAAGUGUUGGGAGAGAAUCUGCUCGGGUUGAUCAAGCGCUGGAAUCACCGUGGUAUCCCCAUGGCGCUGGUAAAACAGAUCACUAAGCAGGUUCUUUUGGGUCUCGACUACCUGCACCGCGAAUGCGGCAUCGUUCACACCGAUUUGAAACCGGAAAACGUUUUGAUCGAAAUCGGCGACGUCGAGCAGAUCGUGAAGACAUACGUCAGCGAAGAAGCGAAGAAGGAGCAAAAGGAAGAUAAUCGCAACGGUCGACGACGACGCAGGACGUUGAUUACCGGAAGUCAACCGUUACCCAGCCCCCUCAACACAAACUUCGAGUUCAAGCACAGUUCGCAAAAUUCACACAGCAGUCUGAGCCAGAUGCUCAGCGACUCCGGUAUGGGAUCUUGCACCCAGGAUUGGAAUUAUUUUGCGCUAACCGUUGGUACCUCAGAAGGUUCGUCGAUGAAACAGGUGUUGGGAAUCAAGGAUGAGGAUGAGCAGCAAAAUCAGCGAGAAAAAACCGCGGACCUGCUGGAACGAGAAGUAUCGGGAAUAUCUCUUGACAAGUCAUCCAAGCCGGAAGAAUUCGACUGCGACAUCAUUUCCGUUAAGAUCGCGGACCUCGGCAAUGCCUGUUGGGUCGGCCAUCACUUUACUAAUGACAUUCAGACACGUCAGUACCGUUCACCGGAAGUUAUCCUGGGAUCGAAGUGGGGGGCUAGCACAGAUAUAUGGAGCAUGGCUUGCAUGGUCUUCGAGCUCAUCACUGGUGACUAUUUGUUUGAUCCUCAAUCAGGUACCAGGUAUGGUAAAGACGACGACCACAUAGCUCAAGUCAUCGAGCUUCUCGGUCCCUUCCCGAAGUCCCUAUGUCUCUCCGGGAGGUGGUCACAAGAAAUCUUCAAUCGUAAAGGAGAACUCCGCAAUAUUCACCGACUGCGCCACUGGUCGCUACCAGACGUUUUGCGGGAGAAGUAUCACUUCUCCCUGUCUGAAGGCAUGGCUGUCAGCGACUUCCUCCUCCCGAUGCUCGAAGUCCUACCCGAGAAACGUGCCAACGCCGGUGGCAUGGUAUCCCACGCAUGGAUGAAGGAUACAGCUGGUAUGAAUGGCGUUGAUCUCGGUCUCCAGCCUGGCAGCCGCGGCGAGGGAAUUGAUGGAUGGGCUUCGGAAGUAAAGCGAAGAUAA